GGAAAUUUUGAUGUAGUAUAUAUUUUAUCAGUAACAGGAAAUCUUUAUCGAUAUGUUUUAUUGUUACUAUAACCAAAAUAUAUUAUCCAACUUUUACCUUAUACGAUAGCCGUGACGCUAAAAACCAUUGCAAUAUGAAUGGUUUUCCAGUUGAAUCAUGAAAAAAAAUACUUUAUAUUAGAUUCUUUAUAUAAAUUUCCCUGGCAACUUUACAAACAACUCAGUAUUACAACUGGCAGAAACUGUCAUGUGAAAGAAAAGAGGUGGAUGUAAGAGGAAGAAAGGAGCGCGAUAGGAGAGAGACUCAAAUUUCGAAGGAGACGAAAUCGUUGAGUCCUAGGGGACGGCGUGAAUUCCCACACAUCAACAAGUCUCAGUAGGUCCGCAGACCUCCCCUCUCCAAUGCUAUCCCGGAACCCCACUCCAGAACGCACUUCACCCCACUCUAGACACGGUGAGUGCAUCGGCAUGCGGUCUUCGGAAUCCAAAACGUCAAACAGUUACCCUCUAUACCCCAAGAAGGACGUCGUCAGUAUUGUUGACGAUCAUCCCCUUCUUUAGGACAGUUCGUCAUUUGGAGUUUCACCAUCGGAAUGUACACACGAAGAACUAUGAAGAAAUAUUGUGAAUACUAUUCGUUCUUAGUACUCUGAAAAUAUAGUUUAGUUACAUUUACGUGGAUGUGAUCUUGGAUCGUUAAAAAGACGAAUUGGAAGACGUUUUCAGACGUGGAGUUUUGUGUGGUUUGUUAUAGUGAUUUUUACUGUAGUGCAUAAAUGGUGGAUUAUUAUAAUUACAAAAUGUCAGGCAGCGAGGAGGAACCUGAAUCGCACACGCAACCAGGGAUGACCAAGGCGGAAUUAAGAAGGAGCAAUAAGCCCAUCAUGGAGAAGCGGAGGCGUGCUCGGAUAAAUCAGUGUCUGGAUGAGCUGAAGAGCUUGAUACUCGAGGCGAUGAAAAAAGACCCGACGAGGCAUUCUAAACUCGAGAAGGCCGAUAUCCUCGAGAUGACGGUGAAGCAUUUACAAGCGGUACAGCGUCAGCAAUUGAGCACGGCGGUCGCUACCGAUCCGGUGGUGCUAACGAAAUUCCGUUCCGGAUUUUCUGAAUGUGCUACCGAAGUAUCGCGGUACGUCAGUCACCUCGAGAACGUGGAUCCUGUUGUGAAGCAACGACUGGUAUCACAUUUGAACAAUUGCGUUAGCAAUCUCCAGCAAAUGGCGCCGUUCUACAGCCACUACGUGCCCUACAUGCCGGAACGGCUCUAUCCGGAGGUGAAGGUCGGUUUCCAGAGUGAUUUCCAGAAUGGCGACGAGAAUAAUAAUAGAAGUGCCAGAAUACAGAUACCAAACGGUGUUCAGUUGAUACCUAGCAGACUGCCGACCGGAGAGCUAGCUCUUUUGGUACCACAAUCGGCUGCGUUUUCGGCAAACUUUCCAUUCUUUCCACCAGCACCCGAGUCUGUCCCUAGAAUUGGAGAGUGCUCCGCCUUUACAACUGUUCAUAGGUCGCAGAGUCCUCUGUUGAGUCCAUCGACAUCCAUCUCGAGCUAUGGUGAAGAGAGUCAACAAUCUGAACACUAUCCUCAAGCGCACUCUCCUAAUGAGCAGCAACGUCGAUUCAAGAUUCCCGAUCAGAGUCCAGCUUCCAAGAGCUUCUCUUCAUCGCCAGAGACUCAAAAGCCACAGAUUAGUUCAACCAGCGAUAGCAAGUCGCCAGUACCAAUUUUUGCGGAACCUAAGUCAAACACGAGUUAUGCAAACAGAAAAGAAUUUGCAGAAUCUUCUGAGUCGUUAAGCGAUAAUGGACUGGCGACGUACAGUUUAAGACAACCCCUUUCAGUAAUUACAGACAAAACGUAUAAUCGUACCGAUUCUAUGGUGGCAAAGAAAGAGGCAAUCAAGAGAAAUAGCUCGGAUUGUCUUUUAGUAAUCUCUGAUAAGAAGGCCAGGUACCAAGAACCUAUCAGCUCUACCAUGAAUUCUUCUAACGGUCCCUUAAAAUCCGGGGAAGAUCAGCCGGUUUCUGUGGAGGAUUUGUCAAGUAGAGGGACUUGCUCGGCUAAUAGAAAUUCUAAUCCUAAUCCUAUCAAAUUUGUAGCGGUGGCUGGUCCUUCUGGCGUCAACGGCGAUAUGUGGAGGCCUUGGUGAUUUAAAUAUAACGUGCCUUCUCAUUUUUUUUUAAUUUCCCUUCCUUUAAAAAAAUUUGUUUCUUCUUGAACCGAAGUGGAGGAAUUCCUUUUAAACCGAAGUACAUAAAAUUGACAAUAAUUGGCUAUUAGAAAGAAGUAUUACACAAUUGAGAUGUCGCCAGGUUGAGAUCUCAGUUUAAAACGAUUCUCGGCCAAUACAUUAUGAUCAUUUACAUCGAAAAUUGUGCCUUAGAAGAAACAUAAUUGUUUACUUUUCAAACAUUUUAGAAUAUUAUUGAAACUAGUUUUACCAUGAUUAUAUAUAAUAAGGAUCCCGACUGCUUAGUAAUGUAAGUCUUUCUCGAGUAGUUUUAGUAAUUUAAAGAAAUAGUAUUUAAGAAGAGACAUGACGACGAUUAAUUAGCUGUAACGUCGACAGAAUAGGAAUAUGCAACUUGUAUCCUCGCUGACAAAGACUUUCAAGCUUUAAUAUACUAUAUAUUGUACGAUAAAUUUUUCACUGUGAAUAGUCAUGUAAAUAAUCGCCGAUCUUAUUUAAUUUGUAUUUUAAUCUAAGAACUUAAAAAGAGUGAUGUGUUUUUUCAGUCGAUGUAAUACUAUCGUUACGAAUUAAGUUAAUUAUUGCCAGUUUUUGUGAUAAAAACAAAGGGGGGAAAAUAGAAAGAAAACAGAAAUGAAA